AUGGCGAGCCGGGUGUUAAGUGGGAAACUCGGGAUUGUUACAGGAGCUACGAGAGGGAUUGGAGCCGCUAUCACGCAGAAUCUGGCCUCCAAGGGCUACUCGCUGGUGCUGGGCUACACCAGCGCAUCAUCAACCAAGCAUAGCACAAAACACGUUGAGUGGAAUGGCAAGUCUAUGGAAGAACAUGGUGUUCCCACUGAAAUCGCUCAAGUCGCGGCAGCGUAUCAGGCUGCUCAUGCUGCUCCACCGCGGGAGAAGAAUCUCAACCACCAGUACUCGAAUGUCCCAAACCAAUCCCGCAAUAACAUAAGAAAAGUUCACGGCCUCUCGUAA